AUGGUUCAGCUAGGGCGAGCGAGGGGUCUGCUUGGAGCUUUGCUCUUGUGCAGCUUGCGACUUGCGCAAUCUCUGAAAUACGAUCCUAGUGAGGCAGACUGGAAUCUCAAUACCAACCAAGCAGCAACUAGUCCUUUGGAGUACUCGGGAACAUGGCAAGACCACACAUUCUAUCCAUCCCCCGACAAUUGGCGAUUUCCUUUCUAUGGGUUAUUUCUUGAUCGAUUCGUCAACGGCGAUCCAUCUAACGAUAACAACAAUGGCACACUGUUCGAGCAAGAUAUCAUGGGUACCACAAUGCGCCACGGAGGAGAUUUAGCAGGGUUGGUGGACACACUGGACUACAUCCAAGGCUUGGGCAUAAAGGGUCUUUACGUAGCGGGAACGCCAUUCAUCAAUAUGCCGUGGAAGUCAGAUGCCUACUCCCCGCUCGACUUCACGCUGCUCGAUCACCAUUUUGGCAACAUCGCGGAGUGGAGAGCCGCUGUUGACGAGAUCCAUCGACGUGGGAUGUAUAUAAUCCUCGACAACACAUUCGCGACUAUGGCUGAUCUCAUCGGAUUCGAUGGGUAUCUCAAUGAGUCUACACCUUUUCUCCCGGAGGAACAUCAGGUGGUCUGGAAGACUGAGCGGCAGUACCCCGACUUUGAGUUUGGUAACACAAGGAUCUCGCCAUGCGAGUUGCCUCGCUUCUGGGACGAGAGUGGCAGCCAGGUUCAAACACAUGACAAUUCAGACGAGUUCUCUUAUACCUUCGAUAAUUUAACUUCGCUUGGGAGCUGCUUCGACAGCGAUUUUGACCAGUACGGCGACACUGAAGCCUUCGGCGUUUUCCCCGAUUGGCAGAGACAGCUCUCAAAGUUUGCAUCUGUGCAAGAUAGACUGCGUGAAUGGAAGCCAUCGGUCCUCGACAAGCUCCAGCACUUACACUGUCUUACCAUCUCCAUGCUCGACAUAGAUGGCUUCCGUAUCGACAAAUCUACACAGGCCACAGUGGAUGCAUUGGCGAACUUCACCGAGUCGCUCCGCGAGUGUGCUCGAAACAACGGCAAAGAGAACUUCUUUAUAGCUGGAGAAAUUACUGGAGGCAACAACUUUGGCUCGAUCUACCUGGGUCGUGGCAGAGAACCUGAUCAGAAGAUCAGUGAUCUUGGAGACGCCGUGAAGACUAGCAAUGAAUCAGACGACAAGCUCUUCCUGCGCGCAGCAGGCAAGAGUGCUCUUGACGCUUCGGCCUUUCACUACAGCGUGUAUCGCCAGCUACAGCGCUUCCUGGGCAUGGAUGGCAACCUGACAGUGGGAUAUGAUAUCCCAUCGAACCCAGUAGACGGCUGGAACCAAAUGCUACUAACGAACGACUUAGUCAACCCGAAUACUGGAAAAUUCGACCCUCGCCACAUGUAUGGGACAUCAAAUCAAGACGUCUUCCGCUGGCCGGCUAUCAAGAACGGGACGCAGAAAAUGCUGCUUGGUCUGUUCAUGACCACUCUACAUAUGCCAGGCGUACCACUUCUCAACUGGGGUGAAGAACAAGCUCUUUACACGCUCGAUAAUACAGCUUCGAACUAUGUAUUUGGACGUCAACCAAUCUCAUCAUCACUUGCCUGGCAGACACAUGGUUGCUAUAACCUUGGCUCAGACAUAUUCCACGACUUUCCCAUUGAUGCAGGUGCCGACGGCUGCAACGAUGAUGGAGUAUCCCAGGACCACAGAGACCCUACACACCCGAUCCGCAACAUCAUCAAGUCAUUCUAUUACCUCAGAACGAAGAAUCCGAUCCUAAACGACGGAUGGUUGUUGCAAUCCCUCUCGAAUCAGACGCAUGAUGUAUCCCUUCCCGGAUCAAAUGGUACUGCUACCGAACUUGGCAUGUGGAGUGUGAUGCGCAAUCAGUUCUUCAAUGGCGUGCAAAAUCUCACUGGCACUGCCGACGCAAAACCAGCAGUCUGGCUUGUUUACCAGAAUGAGAAUCAUACUGUCGAUUAUACUUUUGAUUGUUCGUCCAACGAUACAGCCUUGAUCUCGGUGUUCGACGAAGAAGAGGAGGUUCGAAACCUGCUUAGCCCAUACGACACUUUGACUCUCAAGCGAGGACCCAAGAAGCUUGGCAUUGAUGGCUCAAAGACAUUCAAUGGCUGUCUCGACAAGCUUACCAUGUACCCAUGGGAUUUCAGGGUUUACGUUCGCAAAGCAGAUUGGAUUGAGCCCGCACCAAUGCUGACGAGAUUCAGUCCUGGCCAUGAUGCGCGUAUCUUGUCUAAAGUCAACCCAGGCGAGAAAGAGUCUGUCGACGUUGAGCUACAUUUCUCUCAAGAGAUGGACUGUGAUUCGAUCACGAAGAAUAUUGUAGUCACUUCAACCACAGCGGACAAAAGUAGUCCCGGAAUUGAUACGAAGAGUGUUGUCUGCAGCAAGAUACAGGAUUCCAACCCUCCGCCUUACAUCGGAGCUAUCACUUCAGCAUGGAGCUGGAAAGCUACUCUGGUUGACGUAUCUAAUGGUGUACACAGUCUGACCAUUCAAAAUGCUUCGACAACCAAUGGCGUAUCUACUGGCUCUACAGACCAUGUGUUCUUCCGCAUUGGGCAGGUCAACAACCCUAUCGUUUUUCCUCGUACUGCCAACUACAGCAGUAAUGUACUCUCCGAAGGCUCUAACGGAGAUCUGCUUGUAUCGCACCAAGCUGCCGGAGCUGACAAAUGGCGUUACUCGACCAACUGGGGCUCCACUUGGAGUGAUUGGCAAAAUUACGAUGGCACUAACUCAACCGUGAAGAAACAACCUUGGUCUGGCACGAAGAGUCAAACGUGGACAGGGGACCAUAUUGUACUUCAAUAUUGGAACCGUGUAAUUGGAAGCAGUACCCACAUACAGCAUGCUGAUGCCAACCAAAAACAAGCGCCUCGACGAUUCCCACAUCUCUUUGCGAAUGGCGAUUUCAACCAGUUUGGGUUUGACGGUGGUUUGAAGAACACCUUCAAAACGGCUGACGAUAGGUGGGACUUCCAUCUUAUGACUGAAUGGCCUCACCAAGUUCAGGUCAACGUCUGGGGUAUGAACCCCGAUGGCCAACCCGACCAGUCUUUCAUCUACGGCGACAUUGAUAACGAUACUGUCCUCGAUCGAUUACCACCUGACGCUCUAAGCCCUGCUGUUAUCAACAUGACUGAGCUCCCUCCCAGCCCAUAUCUGGCCUACAAGAUUAGUAUCGACGAUGCUAGCUACAGAUACAAGCUCAUACCUGCUGGCAGUCGGCUAGUACAGGUCCUUACUUUUGCCCUUCUUUGGUCUCUCCCUGUCUUGACUGGCGCCAUCAGCAUCUGGACCUACAUGGGCGCUUUCUAUGGAGUUAAGUUCAACAAGAUUGGUCUUUCUAUGCCCAAGGUCAUGCCUUCGUUCUGGAAACGCCACAGGUUCACUAAGCUGGCCGAUGACGAUGUGGAAGAAGUCGGUCAUCGUAUGAGACCAUUGUUCCUAAGCAAAUCUCAUCAACGAUAUGACUCUGGCGCCUCGGGCAUUACCAUAGCUGUCAAUAAAGACAAGAGACGUAAGGUCAUCAUUGCCACAAUGGAGUACGACAUCGAGGACUGGAGUAUCAAAGUCAAGAUUGGCGGUCUUGGAGUCAUGGCCCAGCUUAUGGGCAAGAGCUUGACGCAUCAAGACUUGAUCUGGGUCAUCCCAUGUGUUGGUGGCAUCGAAUACCCAAUCGACCAGGUUGCUGAGCCAAUGAUCGUAACAAUUCUCGGCAACCCAUACGAGAUUCAGGUGCAAUAUCAUCAGCUGAACAACAUCACCUAUGUCCUUUUGGAUGCACCAGUGUUCAGAAAGCAGACGAAAACAGAACCAUAUCCACCACGCAUGGACGAUCUGGAUUCCGCCAUUUAUUACAGUGCUUGGAAUGCAUGUAUUGCGGAGGCGAUCAAGAGGUUUGAGCCUGACAUCUAUCACAUCAACGACUACCAUGGAAGCGCGGCACCUCUGUAUCUUCUUCCGGAGACCAUCCCGUGCUGUCUGUCGCUCCACAACGCUGAGUUCCAAGGACUGUGGCCCAUGCGGACAGAAAAAGAAUCAGACGAAGUAUCGCGUGUCUACAACCUGGAUAAAGAAACUAUUCAAAAGUAUGUCCAAUUCGGCGAGGUGUUGAACCUCCUGCACGCCGGCGUGAGCUAUCUGAGAGUCCACCAGAAGGGCUUCGGUGCUGUUGGUGUGUCUAACAAAUAUGGUGCUCGAUCUUUUGCGCGCUAUCCAAUCUUUUGGGGUCUCAAGGAAAUUGGAAAGUUACCGAAUCCUGAUCCAUCUGAUACAGCUCCCUGGAGUCGUGAGGAAGAAGCAAAUCAGGUCAUCAAGGUGGAUCCAGUAUACGAAGCCUCGCGAGGUGAGCUGCGCAAACAAGCUCAAGAAUGGGCUGGCCUCGAAGUCAACCCCACCGCCCAACUCUUCGUGUUCGUUGGCCGAUGGAGCAACCAGAAAGGUGUAGACUUGAUCGCUGACGUCUUCCCUGCCAUCCUGGAGAAGCACGAGAAUGUUCAGCUUAUCUGCGUUGGACCUGUGAUCGACAUGUACGGCAAGUUUGCAGCGCUCAAACUAGAUGUCAUGAUGAAGAAAUAUCCGAAGCGCGUCUACUCGAAACCAGAAUUCACUGCUUUGCCUCCAUUCAUCUUCUCUGGUGCAGAGAUGGCCUUGAUUCCCUCCAGAGAUGAGCCUUUCGGGCUAGUCGCUGUCGAAUUUGGUCGCAAGGGUGCUCUUGGUGUUGGAGCGCGUGUUGGCGGUCUGGGACAGAUGCCUGGAUGGUGGUACACCGUCGAAUCCACAACAACAGCCCACUUAAUUCACCAAUUCAAGUCUGCUAUCGAAGAUGCUCUGGCUGCGACCACGGAAACCAAAGCUAUGAUGAGAGCAAGAUCAGCCGUGCAAAGAUUCCCCGUCCAGAAGUGGGUGGAGGACCUUGACAAGCUGCAGAGCACAGCCAUUCGUAUUCAUCAGCGAGAGGCAAAUUACGGAUUACAGCCAGCCAGAAGGUCAGUAUCAAACUUUGGCAAUGAGUCAAACAUCUCUCUAGCCCGGUCGAGAGAUGCCAGCCCAAGUGCUGGUUCGGUCUACGAAACUCGACCACACACAAGCUCUUCACCAUCCAACUUGAAUCGCACCUUGUCUCUAGGCUCAAGGGCAGGACCUGGUCAUCAUGGCAGAACUCCUCGCGUACAGGUCACCGAUGCUGAUAUUGCUGAGGACGACGAAGAUUCGUUCGGCAGCGAGUACAGCGAAGAGAUAGAAGAAGAGACAAUCACCCGCGAGGAAGCCGAUACAUUUACGAGACAGUCCGACAGAGCAGAUGCUCUGGAUCAACUUGAAGGUAGAGGCGAGGAAACGAAUAGAAGAGCAAGCGCUGAUAGCCUUUUGCCGACUGCUGAACCACGAAAUCGCUCGUCUUCACGCCUGAGCGAUGCCUCGAGGCUGAGCACAUCCUCGCAACUCGACUUGACGACAGUGAUUGGUGACAAGCGAGACUAUAGCUUACAACAGAUCGAGCUCAACUUCGACGACAAGACUGGAGAAUACUACCGUGCCUUCGAGGCAAUGCUGGAGAAACUCAAUGGCAAGACAUCCGAGAAAGAUCUCUGUAUAGAAGAGUAUCUUGUGGAGAGUGAAAAAGCUUGGUUCAAGAAGUAUCGCGAUGCCAAACUAGGCAGAUCACGGGAACGAAGCUCGACUGGCAAACAUCACGGCGGCAGGUUGAGUGUAUCGCACGUCUCUCGGGCAUCUUCUGUUGACGCCGACGAACGGACGAGUGUCGGCGAGGGCUCCAUGGAAGACUUCCUGCUUGGCGACAACUACCAACGACCAUCACUCGUCAAACGCUGGAUGCUCACUCGACUUGGCGAUUGGCCUCUCUAUUCAUUCUUGCUCGCUCUUGGACAGAUUAUGGCCGCGAACAGCUACCAGAUCACACUACUGACUGGCGGAGAGGAUCCAAAGCCAACGAUGAUCUACACUAUUGGCAGCAUCUACAUUGCAGCUUCCGUUGUCUGGUGGCUUCUCUUCCGAACGAUGAAGGCUCGAUUCGUUCUUUCUGUGCCUUUCGUCAUGUACGGAAUUGCGUUCCUCUUCGUCGGGAUGGCGCCAUUCCUUCCCAAGGGUGCUGGUAGAAACUGGAUGCGUAACGUGGCAGACGGUGUUUAUGCAGCUGCUUCGGCCAGCGGGAGCUUAUACUUCACGCUCAACUUCGGUGAUGAGGGUGGCUCGCCAAUCUCAUCUUGGGUAUACAGAGCAUGCCUCAUCCAGGGUACACAACAACUAUACAUUACGGGCCUGUUCUACUGGGGGCGUACACUUACCGAAGCCACACCAAAACAGAAGAUUGAGAAAGACACGCUGUCGUCUUCGCCCAUUAUGGCUGCUGUCACGCUCCCGAUUGCAGCUCUCUUGUGGUUGAUUGCGCUCACUUUGUUCACUAGCUUACCAGCAUACUACCAUCAGCGCCCCGGAAAGAUUCCAAGCUUCUACAAGACCCUUGCUCGUCGCAAACUCAUAUCUUGGUUCUUUAUCGCAGUCAUUUUGCAGAAUUACUUCCUGUCUUCGCAAUAUGGAAGGUCUUGGCAGUAUCUCUGGAGCUCGAAAUAUGCCCCUGUUUGGGUAGUUGCAAUAUUGGUUCUUGUCUUCUUCAUUGUCGUCUGGGCUUUGAUGCUGUACGUUUUCAGCAGACUUAGCAAGAGCCAUAGCUGGAUCCUGCCCAUCUUCGCAAUUGGCCUGCUUGCUCCUCGCUGGGCGCAACAAUGGUGGGGCACUUCUGGCUUUGGUCUCUGGCUACCGUGGAUUCCUGGUGGCCCUGAAGCAGGCGCGAUAGCUGGUAGAGCUCUUUGGCUGUGGUUGGGCGUUUUAGAUGCCGUGCAAGGUGUCGGCUUCGGCAUGAUGCUGUUGCAGACCUUGACACGUAUCCAUAUCGGUGUGACGCUGGUCUCAGCACAGGUGCUUGGUACAGCAGUCACACUUAUUGCGAAGGCGACUGCACCGAACAGAGAUGGUCCUGGAGACGUGUUCCCCGAUCCGAGUGCUGGUGUUAUCAACGCGAUUAGCAAGCCUUGGUUCUGGAUCGCUUUGGCUUGUCAGCUUGUCAUUCCGAUUGGCUUCUUCAAGUUCUUCCGGAAAGAACAACUCUCGAAGCCUUGA